AUGCUGAGCCUGCGAUUGGACCCGGAGCUAGAUAUGUCCUCUGCAGAGUAUGUCUACCAGGUGAACCUCUUGUGGUUUGAUGAUGGCUCCUUGAAAGGCCUGGCUUGCUUCAUGAAUUUGAUCGGCCUGGUGAUCUUAGACCAGCAGGGAAGCUUCGGGCCGGAUGACUUUUCUCAUCCUCGGGCGAAGAUUCUGAUUGAGUCAAUGUUGCAGAUCGCCACGAUUUACAAGAGCCAAUCAGGGACGGGCACCUUUCUGGAUUCACAGCUGACAAGAGUGGUGAAGCAGAAUCAGGACGCAGCUGCGCAGCCCUUGUCUUCCUUCGGAUGGGCAUGCCUGCUCAAUCAAAUGGGUGCUGCUGGGACAGACGAUGGGAUGAGUUUUGAUGAAGCCCUUGCGCUGUACAAUGCACAUCCCCUUGUGCAGCAAGCAGGAGAUGACUCGACUGGAUCGGGGACUGUGAAGUUGGACAACAAGAAGACCACCGCAAUCCGUAAUUGGAUGGAGCGAUGUAGCCCGGAAAGCUUGGCACUGGUGGAGAGCACGCAACAUGAUGUGCCGUUCAGUGCCGGUCCCUUUGGGGAACCCUUGUCGCAGAUUCCAUGGCUUUUCCUCGGAAGCACCAGUCCAACACAGCUGACAGCCUCAGCAACCUCAGGUCUCGCCCCGCUUGACGGUGAGCAGACAGUCACCGUGGACUGGGAGCUUCCCUUGACGGAAUGGGGCCAAUUCUUGCUGUUCUCGCGGAUCAUCUCCGACUUCUCGGCGGCAACAGCACUGGUGGAGGUGAAGUCGAAGAAGAGGUACAGGGCGAAGGAGGCGGAUUUGAUGCAGAUCAGAAAUCUCAUAGCCCUUUGGACUCAGAUCCGUGGUUUGUGUCAGGCGGGCAAGAUGGACAUUCAGGAGUUCGAGAAAAAGCUGGUGAAGGGCAACCACGUGGAUGAGGAGGUGCAAGACGUUCUUCUGCAGCGUCCAAGGGCCUUUGCCUUGAGCAUGAUGCCUUCACAGAAGCAGCACAUGCAGCAAGUGGCUGAAACCAGAGAACAGGCGAUGCUGGGAGAAGUGGAGCAGCAACGCCUUGAAGUUCGCCAUGCCAAGUUUGAUUUCCUGAAGAAGGCAUUGAAGCGAGACCAACUCCAGCUCACGAGGAUCCAAGCCGCUCCAGCCAAGCUCUCUGCUCUUCAGAGCAGAACUGAGGCCGUAUGGCGGGAGGAACAAGCAGCGCUGGGUGAACGAGCAGUGCACAAUUGGUGUAACAAAUUCUUGAGGGUUGUCGAAGUGGAGAAAGCGGAUUUCGCCACUGGACCUAUGAUCGAGUAUUUGAAUUUCCUUGCCAAGCUUCACAACGUUCCUGUUGACCAAGUUCACAUCGUCUGCUUCUGUGACUUCAAUCACCCUCAAGCCUCUGCCAAAGCUCGAGUUGCAGAUCUUGCUCGCCUGUUUCAGUCAUGCUGCGAGAUGAGCCCAACCACAUCUGUGGGAAUCUGCGACUUUCCAGAAGUUCCCAAGGCCAGCAGCAAGCGCGGGCUUGCAGAUGAAGAGAAUGACAUUCAGGUGACAUUCUGGGCGCAAAAGCUGAACAUCGACACCCGCUUCAUCUUGGCCUACGAUCUUCCACCAGCAGGCGAAGCCUUGACGAAGCGCAGGCGAUUCAGCAUGGGGAGGUUGGUUGCGGACGGAGCCACCAUUGAGGAGAACAUUUGGAUCAACGCUUCGGAGCUCAGCAUAGCUGGCCGACCGCUGACCAAUGAGCGUGUGGUGCUGCCAAGGCAGCGAGACCUUGUUCUGCCGGAAUCCACUGACGCUUCAGCAGACCUGCGCACAGCAGAGCGCCAAAGGCCAUCACCUGAACAACUCCGAGCACAAAAGGGCAGGAAGCGCCUUCAGACGAUGCUCGCAUCCCUGAUGAAUGUGUCGGAGUACCAGUUCGGAAGCAGGCCAGUUUGCGUGGUGAAUUUCACCCCUUACGUCGAAGAUCUCGGUCUUUGCGUUGCUUGUCCAGAUUGGGUGAAGGUUCUGGAUUUGAAGACAAGUCCUCCAUCUGCAAGUGGAUUCGACUAUCGCAACAAGUUGCAUUACAUUGGCAUCCAUUGGAUGGACAAGGCCGACUUCGGCAGGAUGAGAGUGGUCAGGGAAGUUUUGGAAUCCUGGAUGGAUGGCAAAUUGAAAAUUUCCGGCUUUGAUUUCCAAAGCGUUCCUCCAACGGUGCCACAAGAGCAGAUCUCUCUGAUUCCCGGGGCGGAUAUCGCCAUGGGCAGCUUUGACAGACUGGCGAUGGAAGUUCUUGUCCGGGAAGGCGCCAGCAUUGUGCUGAAGCCUGACGAGAUCCGAUAUUGGCGUUCCAUCAACGAUGAAUUCUUGGAAGAGUUCGAACAAUUGCUGAAGCACCACAAUGAGCAGUACUCCCAAUGCCUCUCUUCUGUGCUCUCCUCGGCUGGUGGCACUAUGAGUGCUGAGAAUCCUGUUCAAGAUCAAGACGGUGGUGCCGGGCAAGGCAACAACAAUCCUGCCCCGGAGGUGUUUGAGAGCUUGGAGAAGCUGAAGGAGACGGACCCUAUCGAAGAAUCAGUUCCCUCAGAAGUGAGUCAUGUGACCAUGAUCCGGUCGAAGUCAGGAUCUUUGUACCUGAUGCUGGAGGCUGACCCGGCAAACUCAGGUGCCAGAGAAAAGAUUCUCCCUCGCAAGAUGCAACUUGGUGGAUACGGCAGUGGCACAUACUCCAAGGCUGAAGACGCUACCCCUGGGGUCGAUUUCAAGAUGGAUCGUGGAGAUGCCACGGUGUGCCAAUUCGAUGAAAGCAGCUUGAAACCCGAGUCGACCAACAUUGAAGCCUGGAGUUUGUACAAAAUGGUGACUCAGGUGGAGAAGUUCAAGCGCCUUGCAAAGGUGAACGUGUCGUUCAUGAAACUGACGAGGAAGCAAGAUGAGGCUUCUUUGGACGGCUUCCAGGUGGAGAUGACUGCGAAGAUGAAAUACCAACCCAUCACCGCACAGAGGGACCUCCAAAAGCCAGCCACAUGCAAGAACUUCUUCAAGUGGUUCACUGGGGAAAAGGCCAAGGCCAUCGACGAGUCGCCUUACAUCAUGACGGCAUUCCGCUUCAGAUACGAGGGAGUCGGAACCAAUCUCAAAGUCCAGAAGCCGUACAUGCUGACGAAGGUUGGCAUCAAGCUUGAACUUCAAAAGCCAGUCAAGGCACGGCUUUGA